GUCGAGCUUGACGUCAGCGCGUAGCGGCGUUGUUCGGAGGGAGCGGCUCUGGUAGAGCGACACAGACACAGAGCGGUAGGGAGAGAGAGAGAGAGAGAGAGACGGACGGCUGGAUGACUCAGACAGACAGUCAGGAUGCGUGAAUACAAACUGGUUGUUUUAGGAUCAGGAGGAGUCGGCAAGUCAGCUCUGACUGUCCAGUUCGUUCAGGGAAUCUUUGUGGAGAAAUACGACCCGACGAUAGAGGAUUCCUACAGGAAGCAAGUGGAGGUCGAUGGACAGCAGUGUAUGUUGGAGAUCCUGGACACAGCAGGAACAGAGCAGUUCACGGCGAUGCGAGACCUGUACAUGAAGAACGGUCAGGGCUUCGCUCUGGUCUACUCCAUCACGGCUCAGUCGACCUUCAACGACCUCCAGGACCUCCGGGAGCAGAUCCUCAGAGUGAAGGACACCGAGGACGUUCCUAUGAUCCUGGUUGGGAAUAAGUGCGACCUGGAGGUGGAGCGCGUGGUGGCCAAAGAGUCGGGCGUCGGCCUCGCCCGCCAGUGGAACUCCUGCGCCUUCCUGGAGACCUCGGCCAAGAGCAAGAUCAACGUCAACGAGAUCUUCUACGACCUUGUGCGACAGAUUAACAGGAAGAGUCCAGUUCAAGGGAAAACUCGUAAAAAGUCCAACUGUCAACUUCUCUAAUGACAGUUCCUGCUCACCUGACCGACAACCAACCAACCAACCAACCAAUCACAGGACAUCUUCCAGCUGGCCACGCCCCUUAAACACGACCACGUCAUCAUCAACAUCAGCCACCUCUGACCUCUGUUCCCGUGACGACCACUUCUCCCAUCCCCUCACCACACAGUCUGACAGAGACUGUUGCCUUGGAAACAUUAAAACCAAACACCGAAAGACUGCAGCGGCGAUGAUGAUGAUGACGAUGAUGAAGAUUUUGCUGUUGCAGGAAUGGGGGGGCUGUCCAAACAACUGCCCAAAUUUAAACUACGGUUCCCAUCAUGCUCUCUGCUAGGCCAUUUUUGCGCUGGGGGAGUGGCCUCAUGCUUUUUACUUUUAAAUGUUUCUUUCCUUUUUCCUUAUUUUCUAGCAGUCCCGAGCCGUUCACACACACUUCACUGUCAGCUGUGUGCGUGGCUCUGGUUGAACCUGUGGAUCCAUUCAGUGAUUAUUAUUACGGUGGUUAUUAUUAUGAUUCUGUGUGAAAAGAUAUAAAAGUCAUUUAAUGUU